AAAAAUUUUAAUUAUUCGACCGCUGGAAAUUCAUUAAACACCGUCACUAUGGCUAGAAACAUAACAAAUAAAGUAGUUGUGAUUACUGGAGCAGCUGAAGGCCUAGGACUAGUAAUGGCCGAUAAUUUUCUACAGAAAGGAGCAAAAACCGUUGUCAUUUUGGAUAUCAAUGAGAAAUUGGGCACUGAAGCUGUACGCACACUUAAUUCGAAAUAUGGAGAUGGCAAAGCUGCUUUCUACAAAUGUGAUGUCAUUACAGACUUGGAGACAAUUUCGAAGAAACUUUUCGACGUAUACAAAACUGUUGAUGUUUUGAUCAACAACGCUGGUAUACUUAACGAUUUUGCUGUGAAACAAACUAUAAACAUCAAUGUUCUGGCUCUGAUCGAGUGGUCUAACAAAUUCUGGGAGAAUAUGAGGAUAGACAAAGGAGGAAAGGGCGGUACUAUAAUAAAUCUAGCCUCAAUCUAUGGUUUUAGAGUUGAUCAGUACUUACCAGUUUAUCAAGCUUCUAAAUUUGCUGUGAUGGGCUUCACAAGGUCCUUGGGGCAUCCGUAUAACUAUGAAAGGUCUGGAGUUCGAGUAGUAGCUAUCUGUCCAGGAUUCACUGUUACGAAGUUGGUAACCGAUGUAAAGGCCAGCAACGACCAACUUGUACAACGCGAUUGGGAGGCAUUCGUUAAAGGAAAUCUUUGGCAAAAGCCUGAAUCUGUGGGUAAAGCCACAAUUGAGGUUUAUGAAAGAGCUGAUAGUGGAACCGCUUGGUUAACAGAAGGUGGAAAGCCGAUUGUGGAAGUUCCGUAUGUUGCAUAAUUUUUAAGAUAUGUUUAUUGAAGAAAACUUAAAUUUUAUAAUCUAAUGAUUUCUAUAUUGUUUUUGUGUUAUAUUUGAUUAACUUCGUAUCACUUUGUUACUUUAAGUGGACGACGAAAUGUAAAUAAAUAAAAUUAAAAUUAAGACCAAUCAUCAUCUGCUUCUUCCUUAUCUCAUUUAUUUGUGGUCGGCGUUAUAUAUUUUUCUCUUCCAUUCAUCUCUGUUCGCAGUCAUCUCGUUAUUUACUCCCUUUCGUACCAUAUCAUCUUUCACACAGUCCAUCCAUCUCUUUCGGCCUUCCUCUGCCCUUAUAACCAUCCACAUUCAUAUGUAAUACCUUCCUUCAAAUAUUACCUUCAAUCCUACGCUUUAUACUAUUAUUAAAAUUAAGACCAAAUAAGAAUAUAAUUAAAUGA